AUGUAUAUAAGAUUGUGGACGCUACAAAUUGGUGCCUCAUCCAGAAGACGGAAACAUAUCUCAUUCAAGCCAUCACAUUACCUGCGUCAUCUUCCAUCGUCCAUAAUGCCUGAACUCAAGGGCAGGGCCCUUAUGCUGACGGUCAGCUUGUUGACCUCACUGGGAUUUAUGCUGAUUGGUUACGACAACGGACUCAUGGGUGGGCUUGUCAAUGCUCCAGCAUUCCAGAAGACCUUUGCAAACCCAUCGGCGACGAUGAUUGGUACCAUCGUCGCAAUUUUCGAAAUCGGCUGUUUCAUUGGUGCAAUGACCACAGCGUUUGUGGGAGAAAGGCUGGGACGUCGCAAGAGUAUUGGGAUUGGAGCGGUUAUCAGCUUGAUCGGUGCUAUCCUCCAAGCAACUGCCUUUGGUCGCGCGCAUCUUAUCGUUGGCCGUGUUGUCUCCGGAAUUGGUCUCGGGUUCAUUAACAGCACUGUACCCGUGCUGCAAGCCGAAUUCAGCCCCAAGGCAAGCCGUGGCAUGUAUGUCUGCGCGCAGCUCUCGACUCUCAACUUCGGUAUCCUUGUCGUUUACUGGAUCGACUACGCUUUCGUGAGCCACACCUCGAGCUACGCAUGGAGAGUUCCGACGAUCCUGCAGUGUGUAGUUCUCUUUGUCAUUCUAGGCCUGCUCUUCGUCAUCCCUGAGACGCCCAGAUGGCUGGCUGCGCACGACCGUCCGGAUGAGUGUCUUGCAGUGCUGGCGCGCAUCAAGGGCACGACCGAUCUGAGCGACCCAGAAGUGCAGAGGCUGCACACUGUCAUUGCCGAAACCGUUGCGUACGAGAACUCCCGCCAGGCCGGGUGGAAAGACAUCGUGCGCAAAGAUCCGAUCAAGUCUAGGAGACGCUUUCUCAUUGCUUGCGGUAUCCAGAUCUUUCAACAACUGGGAGGCAUCAACGCAAUUAUUUACUACUCCGGCACACUCUUCGAGAAGAGUAUCGGUUUCGAUACUCACAUGGCUUCGCUCAUGAGCGGCUUUCUCCAGACCUGGUUCUUUGUCGCAUCCUUUAUUCCGUGGUUCCUGAUCGAUAGAAUUGGGCGUAGGCCUCUGCUACUUUCUAUGAUCAGUGUGAUGGCUGCCGUAAUGGCAGUGCAAGCUGCUCUUAUCUACCAAGUGCAGUUCGAAACUUCGAUGGCUAAGAGUGCUGGCAUUGCAGCGGCAGCCAUGCUUUUUAUCUUCCAAGGUGCUUUCACUAUCGGUUUCCAGGCUACUGUUUGGGUAUAUCCAUCCGAAAUCCUGCCCAUGCGUCUGCGACAGCGCGGAUCAGCGAUUUCAACCGCAGCAAACUGGCUUUGUAAUUACGUCAUCGUCCAGAUCACGCCGCCUGCUAUCAACAACAUUGGCUGGCGCACAUACGUUAUUUUCGCUGUGCUGAAUGCAACCUGGGUGCCCAUCAUUUACUUCUUUUUCCCUGAGACGAAAGGCCUCGAGCUGGAGGACGUUGACAAGCUCUUCUCAGGGGAUGAGACUUUAGCCGACCUCAGACGCGAGAAAGGCAUGGAAGAAAUGGAGCGGUAUGAGAACGUUGCAAAAUCGUAA